CAGGUUGGCGGGAAAUUGGACUGGGAAGAAGGAAGGAAGCAGAAAAAGAGAUAGGGAUUUCCUGCAUGCAAACUCCUCUCCCUCAUCCAAACCAACCGUGUGAUUCAGGCCACUCGCCCUUUGGAACUGACAGACUCUCUCUCAAAGAGUUUCAACCGAACGGCAUGUUUUCCAUCUUCGUCCUCUCCCAACUUUCUUUGGAAAAAUGGGAUUGCACCUCGCUGCUGGGACAGAUUAGGAGCAGAUGGCAAACGGCUGAUGAAUCCCUGAUGAGCGGGAUCUGUAGCACUGACAUGUGAAGCCAGCGAUCAAACUGGAUGUUGGGAUCCUAAAGUUUCUAAGCCAUUAAGAAAAUUCCAUCUUAUUUGAACACAGAAGACAGAUUGCUGAUGAAAAGAAAGGGCAGGACUGCUGAUGAUAAACAGCAUGAGUCUUGUGGUGUCUGGCUGGAUACUUCAGCACUCAAGAGACGCAAAUUGCAGAACCUAAUAGGGAAGCCCGACAUUAAGAAUACUGAACCGAUCCCUUCUUCUCCAUCAAAAGCACCUCUUCCAUGCACAAAACAAACCUCCAUUUCCAACUCUUCUCGAGCUCAACCAUCAGGGGAGAGGGAAAUCAACACAAGUAAACAGUUACCUGCUGGUGCAUCAAACAGCGCUUCUAAUCUAACAAACCAUGAAUUGCUGGCUGGGGAAAGAACAUCAUUGCUAACUUCUCUGAUUCAACCAGUACUCAUGCAAGAAUACAAACAACAAGUUGUAGAGAAACCACAACACAUUUCUCCAUGGAAUUCUUUCCUGGCUGAACCCCAGAGUAACAGCUGUGUCCUCAGUUAUAUUAAAGGAGAAGAUUCUACUACUGCACAAGGGGAGAACCCUCUCUCCUUAAACUUCAGUCAGCACCAGAAAGAGAAGGGGCUUCUUGAUCAGGGAGCUGUGUCUAAGUCACCUUUAAGAGAGAAAAAUGGUGAUUGGAAAAAAGAAAAACCAGCCACCGUAGCUUGUCAGGGUAGUCCAAACCUGAAGAUAGAAAGAGCUUCAGAUAAAAGAACUAAAGGUUGUAGAAGAUACAAACCACCAUCUUCUUGUAAUGAUAGCUCCUUCAUAGAAUCCUCUGACUCUGAGAAUAUAGAUCCUCAGCUGGGGACAAAUAUAACAGAAAUGAGCCCUAUGAAAAACUUCAGCAAAACUCUACCUGGGUUCUGUUUGAAAUCUAAUGGCAUUUGUAGUGAGAACAGUCAGGUAGAUGUGACCAACUCCUUGUUCACGCAAGAUUCAGAGGGCCACAAAGUCAUUUCUCACCGCUUUUUUCGUGAACAAACUCCGCUGUCUCAACAAGGCAAAAGCAGCUCAGGAGUAAGCCCAUCCCAUAAGAACUGCUUUGGGGCUUGUUAUCCUGUGGAGAGAAGGCCCCAUGUCUCUCCGGGCAGGAGCUUGUCUGUUCUAGCAGACAUUAGUCAGAAAUCAUGUUAUGACUUGCUAUUCACAGAGGAUUCAGAAGGCAAUAAAGUCCUUAAACACUAACUCAUAAUUGCUCUGUGGGAUAAAUGCCCCCAGUGCUUACUUACAAAACAGAUACAGACAAGGCUUAAAGGUGCACUGUAUUUAUAUUGCCUACAACUGUGUAGUGCAUGCUCAAGCCAUUCUGCAUGCUGGUUGUCCAGCAGAGGAAGUACAGAAAGAAUACUGUCAUCACGGCCCAGAAGCCUAAUCCUCCCAAUUUGGAAAAUAGGCAGCUGAAUCUAUUCGUAUGAAUAAGUAAUGAACCUGUCUGACAUUCUAGGAUUACAGCCUUUCCUGUUGCUGCAAUACACUUUUGUAUGAAAAAAAUCUGUUCUUGUGCUGGUAAUAAAGAUUGUAUUCUGAUUCUUAAA